GUUGUCUACCCGUGAAGAUCUUUUCAGAGUCUCCAACUGGCAAGAUGAACAACGAUUUCGACAGAAGAGAAAGAACGGUGUUCGUAUCCAUGAUACACAAAUCGAUUAACGAUGACAGACUGUAUGACUUGAUGAGCAAGGCACGACCGAUUGAAAAAGUGAUCUUCAAGGAGAAUCCGGAUGGCACUUUGCUGCACGCGCUCGUGAUUUUCAGGAACAUACAAUCUGUUGUCUUCUCCAUGCUGCAUUUGCAACCUUUGAUGGGCAACUCAAAACUGGUUCAGAUUCGUCCAUUACGCGAGAGCUCACAUCGCACUUCUCCGUGGUGCUACUCCCAUCUCAGCAGAAAGGAGUUAUCGAAAGAUGGAGCCUUCCAGCAGAACAAAGACCAGCCAAAAUCAGCCUUGAAUGCUGGACGUGAUUGCUGUGCUGCAAAUAUGAUAGACCUGCAUUUGAACUCCUCACUGAAGUCUGCUCAGGGCGAGCCGUAUCCUAUCAUCACCAGUGGUCGUGGAACUCCUUCUCUACACCCUCCAUCUGUACACAAUCCCAUGGUGCAGAGUACAGCGCAGGCAUCUACUAAUUCUUCUCCUCCAGUCGCAACUCGCUUUUAUCGCAACUUUUGAUAUGAUGACUCAAAGUAUGUGAAUUCGACUAUAACCAUGUUUAAGAGUAUAAGUUUCUGAUGAUGGAAUACCACUUGUUUCUUGUUUGUUAAAGCUUCUUGUGAAUUUUGAUAAUUUUAUAUGAAGACUGUCAUAUGUGAAUUGAUAAGUUUCGUUCCGUUUGAUGUUUUACCUAGCUCACUUUUUGUGCAGCUUCUUCGCAAAUCUCUGUUUUAUCAUCCUGGUGUGCGGGCCUCAUUGAGCGCCAACAUCGGUAUAAUGGUUCAAUUUCUGCAUUUCCGUUCCUCACAUGGACGCUGACGUUAUGUCUCAUGUCGUAACCAACCCUCUGUAUCAUCAUUGUGUUUAACUG